UUCUCAAACCAGUCAGACAAGAAAGGGACGCCCUGGCAUACGUAGCGUAAGGUUAUUGUCACUGUAAGAUGUUUUUACCAAGAAUAUCCAUGUAUUUCGUUAUUUGAGUUUCAGGAGCCCCGGGAGGCCUUACACUUUUGGAGAGAUUGAUCCAAGCGACUCCCUGGAGGUGCCAAACAAAGACGCCAUGUCAGUGAGUGUUCAUGAGAACCGAAAGUCCCGGACUAGUACGGGGUCCAUGAACAUCUCACUGUUCCACAAGGCUUCACACCCCGACAGCGUUCUGACCCACCUGAACUCCAUGAGAAAACAGUGCAUGUUCACAGAUGUGACGUUGUGGGCAGGGGACCGCUCCUUCCCUUGUCAUAGAGCAGUGUUAGCAGCUUGCAGCCGCUAUUUUGAAGCCAUGUUCAGUGGAGGGCUUCGGGAAAGUCUGGACAGUGAUGUGAAUUUCAGAGACAGUAUUCACCCAGAGGUUUUGGAGCUCUUGCUGGACUUUGCCUAUUCUUCUCGAGUCAUAAUUAAUGAGGAAAAUGCUGAAUCAUUGUUGGAGGCUGGAGACAUGCUACAGUUUCAUGAUAUCCGCGACGCUGCAGCAGAGUUUUUAGAGAAGAACCUGCAUUCGUCCAAUUGUCUGGGGAUGAUGUUGUUAUCGGAUGCCCAUCAGUGCAAAAGGCUAUACGAGUUAUCAUGGAGAAUGUGCCUGGUUCACUAUGAGACGGUCCGAGAGUCUGAGGACUUCUACAGUCUGUCCAAAGACAAACUCUUAGAGCUGAUACUGAGUGAUGAGCUGGAGAUUGAGGAUGAACAGGUGGUGUUUAACUCUGUGAUGCGGUGGGUACGCUAUGACCUGGAGGGGCGACGGCACUACCUCCCCGAGCUGCUCCGAGGUAUCAGACUGGCCCUGCUGCCCUCUGAGUGUCUGCUGGAGGCAGUGGCCUGUGAGGAGCUGGUCAUGGCAGACAAGAGGAGCAGAUCCAUCGUAGAAGAGGCCAUGCAGUGUAAAAGAAUACUUCAAAAUGAUGGAGUAGUGACAAGUCCAUGUGCACGGCCACGCAAGGCAGGACACACGCUGCUGAUACUGGGAGGACAGACCUUUAUGUGUGACAAAAUAUAUCAGGUUGAUCACAAAGCCAAGGAGAUCAUACCGAAAGCAGACCUGCCUAGUCCCAGGAAGGAGUUCAGCGCCUGUGCCAUCGGCUGUAAAGUUUAUGUGACAGGUGGAAGAGGCUCUGAGAACGGAGUGUCCAAAGAUGUGUGGAUUUAUGACACUGUUCAUGAGGAGUGGUCAAAAGGGGCACCCAUGUUAAUAGCCAGAUUUGGACAUGGUUCCGCUGAGUUGGAGAACAGUCUCUAUGUUGUAGGAGGACACACUGCAAUAGCGGGUGUAUUUCCUGCUUCUCCAUCUGUCUCAUUAAAACAGGUUGAAAGAUAUGACCCUCUCAGUAAUAAAUGGACAAUGAUGGCUCCACUAAGAGAUGGAGUGAGUAAUGCAGCUGUAGUCAGUGCCAAACUUAAGCUGUUUGUGUUCGGCGGAACUACAAUUCACAGAGACAAGGCAUCCAAGGUCCAGUGCUACGACCCGGUAGGUAACCGUUGGACCAUAGCUGCUGAAUGCCCUCAGCCCUGGCGCUACACUGCAGCUGCAGUUUUGGGGAGUCAGAUUUUCAUCAUGGGAGGAGACACUGAAUUCACUGCUGCCUCUGCAUAUCGUUUUGACUGUGACACAAACCAGUGGACUCGAGUGGGCGACAUGACGUCCAAACGCAUGAGCUGCCACGCUGUAGCCUCUGGAAAUAAACUGUAUGUGGUCGGAGGGUAUUUUGGGACGCAGAGGUGUAAAACUUUGGACUGUUAUGAUCCCACUUCAGAUAGUUGGAACUCCAUUACAACUGUGCCUUAUUCACUCAUCCCAACUGCCUUCGUCAGCACAUGGAAACACCUACCUGCCUAAAGGUGAAGGCUACUGGUAUAGUGUUCAGAUUCCAGUGGCCAUCAUAGAACGACAAAACCAGUGAGAGAACUGUAAGGUGUUGAUAAUUUGCCAAUGGACCACUGUUAAAACAAGUAUUCAUCAACUGCUGCAUACCUGUUUUUCUUCAGACUGUGGGUCUUGAGGCCAAAGACACACAAACACUAUGCUUCCUAAAUAACGUGAUUCUCGUCACAAAUGUUUUGAUAGAAUUGACUGAAAAUUUGAUGGACUCUUUUAGGUGGAUAUUUUAUUUUUUGACUUAAUUUCCCACUUCUGUGUCAUUCCAACUCUGAAGACAUAAGCUCUAAUUUAAGAUAAAAUUGUACAUUGUAUUUUAUUAAACGGCAAGCAAGGUACAAAAUGCAUUAAUAUCCCUUUUCAACAUGAGGAGAAAAUUUUAUUAAUUCUGAGGCUGCUUUUUCAGAACUCUCCAUAUUGCACAAAGAGGAAAAUGUAACAAUAGCAUGUGCGCUUUCAUCUGGUGCCAGUGCGACUUUUGUUGUCUGGUAUUAUCCACUUUUUAAAGGCACAAACACAUUUCAGUUAGUUUCAGAAGGUCCGCUGUUUACAAGUCUUUUUAGGUAAAAAGAUACAUUUCAGUGGUAAAAGGUUUUAAGGUUAGUGCUGUGCUCCUAGUGUUUUUGAAUGCCUAAAGGCAAAUUCACACUGAUGGCUACAAUAUAUUUCUACUGUCUGUGGUACAUAGUAUUGUAUUGGCUGUUGAUGAUGGUUUUACAUUCAAAUGACAUGGAAUGUUUCAUUUUAGUAUUGAUGAAUGUGUCUUGUCCCAGCUGGUCUUCAAAUGGUUUUGACAAGCCAUGAAUUUGCUUUCUUCCAGAACGUUAUAUAUCUUAUUACUUUUUAUAAAAAUGUGCCUGGAACACAUUGAGCUAUGUUGCCAACUAACAAAACUAUCCUGCAAAAAAAGUGAGAUAUCUUGAACCCUAAACAGGAUUUAUUACUAUCAAACCAUUACUGUUUGAUACAUACUACCCUACAGUCUGUAGAUUAGGUGAUACACAUACAGAAGUACUAUGUAUUAUUGUUUAUCAUGAUUUUCUACAAUAAUGGCCAAAAUUGAAGUUAACUGGUUUACCUAUUAUUCUCUGCAUUUAACCUGUCCCAAAGCUUACACAGGAACUAACACAUUGCUAAAGGAAGGCAUGCGCUUAGUCUUGUGCACAGAUACUGACAAAUGCACAAAACUGCACAUAUUGCCCUUUUGUAACAGAACAAGCAUGUCUUAAACAAUAUGCUACAAUUUACUGCUGGAACUUUUGUGACAAGCACAGAGUGUUAUGAAAUAUCCAUCACUACAAACAACUAAUGCAUUUUGGAGCCACUUCAAAAAUAGGACAAAAUAUGCACUUUUCAAAUGAGCAGUGCGGGAGAAUACGAGAGACGGUGCAGGACACACCACCAUCACCUCUGUAAUGCUGUACAGUAUUUGGUGUUUGUUUGGUGCGUUUGUUGUCUUUCUGUGAAGAGACCUCAUAAUGUUGUGGUCCAUCUGGGUUUGACUGCUGCACAAGAUGAAGGUUUGAUCUUUGUAAAGUUUUCUGAAGGAACAUGUUUUGAAUGGACUGUACUUUUCUUAUCUGCAGAUCUAAAGAAAGAUCUUUGUAGAAAUGUGUCAUACGGUUUAUACUCGUGAAUAAACAUUGACUCACUUUUCUAA